GAUCAACGUGGGAGACACGAAAACGUGAAGUUGUUUUGGUCCUGUUUGGAAUAUGUGACAGCGAGCUUUGACUCUUUGCUUGAAAGUCUAUUUAUUAAGUACCGCGUGGGUCGUAGUGGAAUUAAGGUUCCUGCCAUGAUGCCAGGAGACAGCCAGGCCAAAACGGCAGCUAUAGCCGUGGACGCGACGGUUGGAAGCUGUCAGAACUGCUCUGUUUUGCAUCAGAGCCUAACGGAGUACGUCCAAUCAUUUCUGGCCCUUAAACAGAAAAUAGCAGUUACAGAUGACUCUAUCAGGCUUCGAGAGCAGCUGGAGGAACUGCAGAUCCGGUUGGUUACCCUGGAGAAGAAGACAGCAGAUUAUGAAUCUGUACAGGCCGAGCUGGAAGAGAAGAGGGGUGUUCUUAAAGCUUAUGAACAACUGUCUGAAGAGCUGGAAAAAUUAAAGCAGGAAAAGAGCAACACAGUGGCUGAGAAUGAAAAGCUUGGAGACGAACUGAAAUGUUUGAAAGAUUCAACAGAAACACAGGCUCUUGAAAAUGCGCAGCUGAGGAGAGAGAAGGCGGUUGUUGAAAACGAUUUGUUAAAAACCCGGGCAUUUUUGAAGGAAUCUCAGGAACAAGCAGAAAAGGCUAAUAAAUUGAUAGAAGAGAAUGCCGUCAUAACAAACAUAAAGGAUAGUCUUGAACACAAAGUUAGACUGUUUGAAGACUCAAUUUGCAAACAGAACGAUCAAAUAUCUCAACGGACCAAAGAGAAGAUUCUGCUUGAAAGGAACAUUAGUGACCUUCAGGUCAGACUGAUAAAACUGGAAAGAGAAAGAUGUAAAGAAUAUAGGAGCACGACAACUCAAACAAGAUUGGAGCCAAAAAUUGAUAAAGGAAAGGUACGGAUGCUGCUGCAGAGUUUAUGGGAAUGUGUAGAGCCAGAGCCUGAACAGUCUUCUAACAUAUCUAUGUUACCAGAAUGUGGUUACAGGCGGGUUCUUCCUCCUUCUCCACAAACCAAACUGCAGUCUAAUCAAAGGCGAGUGUUUCCCUCUUCUUCUGAGACCAUCAGGGAAACGAACAGUCAUCAAGUCAAAGCAAAAUCCACUCACACAAUGGUGAAACCUUGUCCUCGUGUGCAGGAUUCAUGCAACCCCCAAGCAUCUUCUCACCACUUGAAACAAGAAGAGAAACUGAAAAGAAGCAAACAGUCACCCAAGAAAAAUAAACUCGAUGAGUCGUCCCCCAGCAAAGGCAGCCAUAAUGUAUCUGUUAAUGAAAUAAUGGAACUUUUCAAACCAAUGCCACCCUGCAUAUCUCCGCUUUCAGAAUUGGAUACCAUUGUAGAAUCUGUGAAGAUGGAUGGUGAGGAAAAGAAGGACCAUCCUGAACCUUCAGAAGAUGUUCCGAUUGAUGAACAAGUUCAGCCUUCAAACAUCAAAAGGUCACUAUUACAUCACGACAGUCCAAAAUCUCCUUCACUUCACGAAGAAGAGAACGUGGACGUCCUGGAAAACAUUUCAGAUGAAAAAGACUUUGGAGACAGUGGGUUGUGUGGUGUUGCUGAACUGAAUGAAAACUCUGAUAAAAUUCAUGAAAACAACAGUUCUCUAAAGAACAUGUUUCAGCAGGAGCUGCCACAGUCUUUAUUAUUAAAUGAUCAUGUUUCAGUUGAAGCUUUCUCAUUACCAGCUAAAGGUAUGGAACAUUCUCAUAAUGAAAAUCCCAACAAAAGUACUGAUGACAUCUGUGACACUAAAAAAGCUUUUGAGAAGGCAAAAGAAGAUAUUUCAGAGACUGUUACAAAGAUUAAUGUAGAUAUGAGUCCAGAUGACAUUCCUGAUGUCACAGCAGUUGUUACUGAUGGGGAAAGAGAUGCAACAGCAAACUCUGGAGAAGCAGAAAAUGAACAAUGUGUUGCUCAGUUUAAAAUCAAUGAAUCUUUGGAAGACACCAGUGUCACAGAAAGCCAACAAGGUCAUGUGGAUUCUUGUCAGAACAAUGCAAAUCCCACUGCCUUAGAGCCUUUCUGCCAAGACUCAGAAAUGCCAGAGGAUUCCAUACCAAGCAGCAGUGACAGCAUGAACUAUGUCCUACAGACAAACCUCGAACAGGGAAUGGAAAUAGAUGCUGAAGUCCAUUGCUCUAAGGAGAAAGAAAGGAAUGCAGUGCAAGGUCUUAGAAAAGUUGAUACAGCUUCACCCUCGGAGUCGAAUGCCCAGGAUAAACCUUUGGCUCCUAAAAAGUCUCCGGUUUUAAACAGGGAAGAUGAGGGGCAACGUUCUGACCAGGAAGAUAAAGUAGUAAAUUCUACAGCUCUAUCGCCAAAGGAUGAUGAAAAAGAGAAAGCAAAAACCAUAUUAAUUCUUGAUUGUGCUCCUUCAAUGUCCCCAGAAAACGAAAAAACAAUUGACAGUAAAUCUUUGAAAGAGAAUGUGCAUUCUCUUUGUAGACUGUUAAGUCCUUCAUGUCUGUUACCUCAGGUAAAACUGCAGGCUUUGGAAAAUGACCCAAACACAGAAAUUCUCAACAAACUUCAAUCUGAUCUUAUUACUUCACCUAUUGAGAAUUCUUCUGCCACCAAAGAACAAAACAAUAGCUUGGAGAUAUUUGUACCAGUCCAUGAACAGCCAGGUAGGAAUGUUGAAGGAAAGGGUACACUAGUGUGCAGUCUGGCAGCAGCUCAAACACCAGAGUUCAUUGUCCAUGUUCUCUCUGAAAUGGGUCCUCCACUUCCUCCUGUCCUGACCCCUCUAACAUCACCUCCUAAAGCAGGAAAGCCAAUCAACCCAAGGCACGCAAUUGGAAAACUUUCUUUUCCUUCACCUAUGGAUGGCUCAGGUUCUCCUACCACUCCAGUAAAAGUCCAUUUAACACCCAACAUUCAGCAGCCGAGUCCAUCUUCCCAAGCCAGCCCAACCCAUCCAAAUGGAGUCCCCUUGUCACCUCUCCAGUUUGGCUCAGCCACUCCAAAACAUGCUUUGCCAGUUCCUGGUCGAUUGCCCACCAAAGCAGUAAAUUCUUCCCCUUCAUCUUCGACUAGUCCUCCUCAAGAAAACUCCAUGAGGAUUCUCGAUACCAUGUACCCAGAGCUCUCUGCCCGUGCCCGGACUCUUAGCAUCCUGAGAGGUAAUGUCAGUCUCGGCAUGUGUUCAUCAGAGAAUGGAGCAUUUCCAAAACCAACUGACAGUCAGUUAUCUGGCUUCAAAACCAUCAGCUCCACCUCAACAGCCUUCACAAAGACAGAGACCAGGGGAAAAAAAAGAUCUGCCGUUGAUUUAUCCCAGCCUAAAACCAGCAAAUGCCCAAAGCUUGACAACAGCUCUACUGGUGUUACUGACAAGCAGGAGUCGUCCCUCUCUUUAAACGAUGGAGAUGAGGCAGCCUCUUCCAAUACUCUGGUGCUAGAUCAGACCAUAAACAGGACAGCAUCUCCAUCCAUAGAAGCUAAAGAACCAGCUAAGCAGGAUCUGAUUGUUGAUUGUUUAAACAAAAUUAAGAACCAGUGCUUCGAUUUACUGCCUGUUAUCCAGAGCCACCUGCAUGUUGGUAAUCUGCCUAAAAAGCCUGUUCUGAGAGACGAGGAGAAGGAGGUCAUCUCUGAGAUUUGCAGAUGUACCUCGCUCCAGGUAGAUGAAAUGAUUGUGGCCAUAUUGACCAAACUAAAGGCUGAAAAAAAUGUCCUGAGUCUAAACUACUUACAAGCCCUCUGUCGUGUCUACACUGGGAUCUGUAGACAGAAGAAGUACUGGGAGAAGGCUCGCAUCCUGGCCUACAGCAUUCUUAUUGAUGAUUUUCCAGAAUCAGUGAAGCUGGUUUUGUUUAUGGUGACGACAUGGCCCAAUGUUCUGUCACACAGUAGUUUACUGUGCCAGGCCAUUCACGCUAUUACCCAACUAAAGGCACCAGAAGGGCUUCUUGGCUGCCUUUCAGCUUUCCUUGGAUGGGAGAAGAAUCCUCCUUGUGACCUUGACCAGCUGAUCCUCAGAACUCUGACUGAUCUCCGGUCGGGAUCCAAUCAGUCUUUUACAAAACACGUCCGGUAUGGAGAAGACCUGGGAGCUGGAGCCUGGGAACACAUCUUCACCCUGCACCUCCUGUGUUCACACAAAAAGUGGAAAUGGACCUAUGAACACAUCCUGGGCAAAGAGUUGUGGCCGUUAAUGAACACCUGGGUUCUACAGUCAAGGGAUCAGCAAGAACCAGUCCGAGAUGAGACUGUUGCCACUGUACUCCGACUCGUAGGACGGCUCAGUCAGCUAGGCCUUAAAGAGGGUUCUGUUUCCUCUUUGGUCACUGUGGCAAAUAUCAUCAACACAUUUGGAAGGCAUGGACAAGCUGAAGGGGUGCCGUGGACGGUCCAGUUAGCAGCCAUUUACUGCAUCUAUGAACUUUCUCCCUGUAAUCCCAAACAAGCCCUGGAUGCUCUGGCUGAGUGGAGAGGAGAGGCUGCUCAGAGCGUCCCCCCUGCUGUCACUAGUUGCAUUAAUCAAAUCGCUUCUAUUUGUAGACAGGUCAGGAGCUGAAAAUGUGCUAAGCCACAGUAACAAUCAUUUCAUUAUGUGACUGUUUUUAAGAAAGGACAAAUACCUCCGUAUUGAUUUUAAUCUGCUUCCUUAAUAUAGUUGUUUUUUUACCAUGUAGCACAAACAGCGAGGAAAAGGUUUAUCCUAUUUGUAAUACAGGGUGUAUUGAACUCAGUUUUAAGUUUUUUGUCCCAAUUUGAAGAUUGUUUCAAAUUAUUUCAGACUUUAUAAAUGUUUUUUUUUUAAUAUAUAUUACUGCUAUAUUUCAUUAUUGUCUUUAAAGCUAACUAUCUUCUUUCAGUGGAGACAAGGAAUUUUAGUUAACUAAAGUUUAUUCAGCUACAUCCUUAAAAUAUUUACUCAAACUACUUGACUUUGUUCGGUCCUCAGGUAAUGCUGUAAAAUACUUUAAAUAAUGUACAGUGUGCUAAAGUUGAAGUGUGAAGCUGAUGUAAGUAUAUCCCAAAUAUCAGAACUCCUGUUUUUGCAAAAGCAAAUGUUUUGUACAGUUUUCCUCAGAGGCUUCUAUUUUUUUCUAAUUAAAAUAAACACAUAUUGUGUAAAAUGA